CCGGAAGGGAAGAUGGCGGCGGCGGCGGCGUUAGCGGCGGAUGAAGCAGAGCGGGCGCGGGGCCGCCGGGCCGCCCUGUCCUUCGCGGCCAUCGCCGUGGUGCUGGGGCUGCCGCUGUGGUGGAGAACGACCGAGACCUACCGCGCCGCGCUGCCCUACGGCGACAUCGAGGGGCUGGGCCGGCUGCCGUUCCAGUUGGCCGCGCCCCUCGCCGUGGUGUUCGCCCCGGGGUCGGUGCCCAGGGACCUGCCGAGGCCGCUGCCCUUCAGGGACGUGCAGGAGGUGGAGGUCGCUGUCAACUUGAGAACCAGCAUCAUGUCCCGCUGUGAGCUGCUGUACCGCAGCACCACGGCUCGGGAGGAGGCGGCGCUGGGGGCGGCCACUCCACGAGAGGCUGACGCUGCUCUGCACCCGCUGCAAGAUGCCUCCUUGGGCUCCCUGACGGUGUACGUGGUCCCCGAAGCCUCCUCUCUCCUGCCUCAGGGCAUCAAUGUCUACGUGGGGAGGCACCGCAGCGCCCUGGUGAGGGCUGGGGAGACCCUGGCCACCCUGCGCCCCCGCCUGCAGCAGCUCCAGCAGGUGAUGUCCUUCACAGCCACCUCCAUCGCCGCCGCCCUCGCCGACCGCCCGCCCGACGGCCGGAUGGGCCCUGACGCACGGAGACACCUGAAGUCCAGCCUGGGGUAUGAGAUCACCUUCAGCCUGCUGAACCCUGACCCCAAGUCCCACCUGGUGGAAUGGGACAUCGAGGACGCCGUGAACCGCUAUGUGCAGCCUGUCCUCGACAAACUGAGCUUGGUGGCCAACUUCUCUGUUGACUCACAGAUCCUGUACUACGCUGUGCUAGGAGUGACACCACGCUUUGACAAGGAGUCCUCCACCUUCCUCCUGAGUGCCCACAGCCUCCCACAUGUCAUCAACCCAGUGGAGGCCCGGCUGGGCUCCAGCGCUGCCUCGCUCUACCCAGUGCUGAACUUCCUGCUGUACGUGCCAGAGCGUUCCCACUCCCCUCUGUACAUCCAGGACAAGGAUGGAGCCCCAGUGAGCACCAACGCCUUCCACAGCCCCCGCUGGGGAGGCAUCAUGGUUUACAACGUUGAAGCUCCUGCUUCGCCCCAAGCUUCCCUCCCUCUGCAUGUGGAUGUGGACAUGGUGCGAGUGAUGGAGGUUUUCCUGGCCCAGCUCCGGUUACUUUUUGGAUUAUCUCGGGAGGAGCUGCCCCCUGAAUUCCUGGUGGAGAGCCCAGGGAACGAGGGGCUGGCUGACUGGGAGCUGGACCGCCUGCUCUGGGCCCACACUGUGGAGAACAUUGCCACUGUGUCCACCACCUUGACCUCACUGGCCCAGCUCCUGGACAAGAUUGGGAACAUUGUCAUCAAAGAUGAUGUUGCCUCGGAGGUGUACCGAGCAGUGGCCUCAGCGCAGAGCGCCAUGGCCCAGCUGGCCACGGGCCACCUGCACUCAGCUUUCCAGGCCAGCAAGGAGGCAGUCACCUCCUCAGAGCGUGCCUUCUUUGACCCAUCUCUCCUCCAUCUUCUCUACUUCCCUGAUGACCAGAAGUUUGCCAUCUACAUCCCGCUCUUCCUGCCCAUGGCUGUCCCCAUUCUCCUCUCUUUGGCCAAGAUUGUCCGGGAGGCCAGGCAGCGUAAGAAGGAGCCCACCAAGAUGGACUGAACUCAUGUUGUCCUGCCUUGGGAUGGGGACUGUCCCCACCUUGUAGACCAUCUUGUCACAGACUGAUGGCCCAAGAAGGUGCCCCAGGAUGGCAUUGGGGCCAGGCCUGGCAGCUCAGCUUGGAUCUGCAGUGGCCAAGAUGCGGGAGUGGGAAAAGAGGGAUGAGAGAUGCUCUCAAUUUGGGUCCUGAGCCCUCCACCCAGCACUGCUGAGAUCCAGGAGGUGGGGGGGUUGUCACCCUGUGUACCCCCCCAGCCCUGCACUGUGUUUGGAACAAGCUGCUGUAUAAAUAAAGGAGGAAACCCCAGUUGUGCUGGGGUUGGUGU